UGCGCAUUUCAGCCUUGUCCGACGGUGGUAAUUGUAGUGACAACAGUGGUGGCUGAGCUCCAGCCCGAGCGCGCGAGAUGGGAAUAACAUAGAUCAUGGUGCGAAGAGAUUCAGUCCUCUAUCCCAACACACUCGUUUCAAUUUGUCCAAAUGGCCUUGGAUGUCGCUGCUUCCAUCAUUGGAAUCCUAGCAGCUGCGGGGAAGAUUGCCGAAACGCUGGGACCUGUCAUCUCUACCUUUCGGGACAGCACCAAACACGCCGCUAUCAUUUUCUCCGAAAUCGAUAACUCCAGGGCGAUCUUGGGGGCGCUUCAGACGUUGUUUGUUGAUUUGGAUACCACGCCGAGGAGACGCAGGGCACUGAUUCACGUCGAUCAGUUGGUUGCCGCGCUCACUGAUGGCGUACUCUUAUUCUCCGAACUGGAGGCCCUUGUUGUCCGUCUAGAUCAUCCUGCUAAGAAGCUCAUGGGUCGGUUACAGUGGGCAUGGAAUGACAAAGAGUUUGUAACGCUUGUGUCCAGGAUACAAUGCUUCAAGACUUCGAUAAGCACCAUGCUCAAUAUACUUCAGUGUGAAUCCGACGCGGAAGCAAAGCGUGGCCAACAAGAACUUUUGGCCAUCACUUCGGCCUUGUUGAGCAGUAACCUCGAGCUGUCAAGACGGAUGGCACAUCUUGAAACCUGCGUUGAUGGAGGUGAGUCUACACUGGCAGUUCCGUCAGCCAUGAUCAGACCCGUCACACACGACAACGUGAGCAUGAAAUCAGAGAAUACAGUCAAGAGGGUCCCAAAGAUCCUAUUCGAUUCCGCCCGAGUAUUCCAAUUCGAGAACGACCUCAAAACCUCCAGGGUAUAUCGCAACGCGAACAGGAACACCGUAGACUUUUCAUUCCGCAGUUCCAUCGCACCGUCGCAAGCAAGGUCUGGUCUUUCUGACGUCAGUCUCUCUGAUAUCUCCGCGGUGGUUGUAAUCGCUCUCCCGGUAUCUUUUGGAGACGUCACCAACGUGCAGCACUAUACUUUCGAUCAUUCCGUUGUUGGAAGAGCGAAUCCCCACACAUCGGAACAGGCAUCCAGAUGUGACCAGGAUCCUCAGAAACGUACCUCAGGUUUGGCGGAUUCCGUGGCGUUAACCUCCAAGGGAUCGCGCAAUCCACAGGUCAUCGACAAUCGGCCAAAUAACAAAUUCAGGAGAAGAAUCAAGAGGACAACGGACGUCAAUACCAACACAAAAUUCUCUCGAACAAGUACCCAGUAUUCAGACGUCCAGACCAAGAUCAUAUACGAGAACUUAUGCUGGUAGACACGGCACAAAUCCGCGGCGGAGUAUUUUCAUGAGAAAGAUGAUAUUUUCA